AAACCCAUUUCCACUGCUGGAGCUGCCUUCAAGUUGCUAGGGUUUAUCUUCUUCGUUCUUCCAUAAUCUUCUAUACCGUUGGAGCCGCUUCUUCGAAACCCAAUCUUUAUCCUUACACAAGGACGUGAAAUGGCGGCAGCUCAGCUCACCGGGUCUUUAAUUUCCGCGAGAAACUUGCCAUCUUUCAAUGGGCUUCGACCUUCUGCGGUGAAAUUCUCUCCUUCUGUUGGGCACUUGAGAGUGGGGUGUCUGGCCAACAGAUCUUACACUGGCUUGGUUGUCAGAGCUGCUACUGUGGUUGCUCCAAAGUACACUUCAAUCAAGCCAUUGGGCGAUAGAGUGUUGGUGAAGAUAAAGGAAGCUGAAGAGAAGACUGAUGGAGGCAUUCUACUUCCAACGACAGCCCAGACAAAACCCCAAGGAGGAGAGGUUGUUGCAGUUGGAGAAGGCAAGUCGAUUGGAAAUAUCAAAGUGGAAGCUAGUGUAAAGACUGGUGCUCAAGUAGUGUACUCCAAGUACGCUGGCACUGAGUUGGAGUUCAAUGGUUCGAAGCAUCUUAUUUUGAAGGAAGAUGACAUAGUUGGUAUUCUAGAAACAGAUGACGCAAAAGAUCUUCAGCCCCUCAACGACAGGGUCUUGAUCAAGGUGGCUGUGGCUGAGGAAAAAACAGCAGGAGGUUUGUUGCUGACUGAGGCGACAAAAGAGAAACCUUCAAUCGGAACGGUGGUAGCAGUUGGCCCCGGUCAUCUGGAUGAGGAAGGCAAGAGGAAACCACUAUCCGUUGCAGCGGGAAAUAACGUGAUGUACUCAAAGUACGCCGGGAACGAGUUCAAGAGCAAAGAUGGGUCUGAUUACAUUGCAUUGAGGGCUUCGGACGUCAUCGCGGUGCUGUCUUAGUUGUAAACUUAUAUUUAGACUGAUUGGUUUAUGUAAAACAAAACCCGUGUCUUUAGUGGUGCUUCUUUGCUUAAAAAGGGGCAAUUGAGAUGGAUUUUGACAGCCGUAGAGGGAGAGGGACUGAGAAAUGCAACUGAGAUGGAAAUUUGGGUAAUAACAGGGAAUUUGUUUGUUAGAUCAGUAAACUGUGACCAGCUUUUGGAAUGUUGUGAUGUGACAUGAAAUUAUGAAACUUUGAAUCUUCCAUUGGUAA